GAAACCUUGUUCUUCUCAGAAGAUAUAUUUAUUUUAUUUUCUUCAUAAACAAACUAAAAUAUUUUCUUAAACAAUUCAUUGUCAUAGAACAAAAUAAAUCAACAUUAAAAUAUCGGAGGUUUUCUCUCUCUAACCAUGAGGAAGAGAGGACGACCUCCAAAAAUCGAUGACAAAUCAACAAGAAUGGAUAACUCCACGACGGAGGAACGGCCAGAGAAGGAGAUUCCUUCUGAGAUCACACCGGAACAGAAAAAAGAAGGUGAGGAAUCUGGAUUUGAUGGAACCCUAGAUCCUGAUCAAAAUUUGAUAAAUGCCAACAAAAUUGUGACGGAACAACCCAAAAGCUAUGCGGAAGUAGUAGGCGUACAGGAGGAGCUGAAUCUAGAUUUGAAAUACAUACCUGCGGAGAUAAUUGAUGGCACACCUAUUGCUAGAUUUUCAACGGACGAUGUCAUUGAGCCAGGUGAGUACUGGGAAUCUGCCCUUAUCUGCUGCGUAUUGGGAGCAAACCCCCCAUUAGAAGUGGAUAUAAUGAACAGGAAGGAUAUCCCGAUAUGGAUUCAGUUCCCUGACCUAGAGAUGAAAUACUGGAGCCUAACUGGGUUAAGCAGGCUUGGAAGCACAAUUGGUAAACCUAUUAAAAGAGAUGGAGCUACUGCCUCAAGGAGGAAAUGGGCCUAUGCGAGGAUAAUGAUUGAGGUUCAAAUAAAUCAAACGUUCCCUGACCAGAUUAACUUUAUCAAUGAAGAAGGAAGGAUCAUCACACAAACUGUCACUUAUGAAUGGGAACCAACUAUUUGUUCACAUUGUGACAGGAUAGGGCACAAACUAGAGAAAUGCAGGAGGAAAACUGCCCUAAAGGAAGCCAACAUUACUAAAAAGAUGGUAUGGAAACCCAAAGCAUAUCCUAAGGAAACUGAGGGGAAGGAUGCUGAGAACCAUAGCCAUAAGGAGGAUAGAGAAGAGCCCGAAACCCCCACCUCUCCUAAAUCGGAUGGAAAAAACAAUGCAGAUGAAUCAGAAGAGUUAAAGGAUGAAGAACAAGCUAUACACUGCCAGGGGAAGUUCAUUGGGGAUGACAGAGUCUUUUUCAUAACAUUUAUCUAUGCUCACAAUGACCCAAAAAAGAGGAAAAAUUUGUGGGAGUUCCUGCAGAAAUCUGUUACCACUUCAGCUUGGUGUGUUCUUGGUGACUUUAACACAGUUCUCCAUUUGGAUGAAAGAAUAGGUGGUAAUGCUGUUAGCAGGGAAGAGUUACAAGAAUUCCAAGAUUGUCUGAAUCACUGUGGACUGGAUGACCUGCCUUUCGAAGGACCUAAGCUCACCUGGACCAACAAUCAGGGUAUUGGGAAAAGAAUAUACUCUAAGCUUGAUAGAGUAUUAGGGAAUAUGGACUGGUUAAUAAAGUUUGAUAUGAAGGUACAAUUCUUUGAGGGGGGAAUCUCUGACCAUUCUCCAAUGGUACUUAAAUUCAUCAAUCAGAGAAAGCCAUCCCACAGUUUCAAAUUCUGUGAAAUGUGGACACUAGAUCCUGCCUUCCCUAGGAUUGUAGCUGAGGUUUGGGAUAAGGAACAUGGUGGCCAUUCUAUGUAUCAAAUCAUCCAAAAACUGAAGCAACUAAAGGAUCCGUUGAGGCAACUAAACAGGAGGAAAUACAAGUCUUUGGAUAAUCAAAUAGAUGAACUUAGAUCAAAGUUACAUACUCUCCAAGAAAGACUGAAGCAGAAUGAUUCCAACACUAAAGACCUGGAGAUGGAAAAGGAUCUAAAGAAAGAACUACAUAAUAUGUUGAGAGCCAAUUUCCUCAUGAAAACCCAACAAUCCAAGGUCGAUUGGAUAUCAAUGGGAGAUCAAAAUACUAAACUAUUCUAUGCUUGGAUCAAGAAAAGGAAAAUGCAGAACCAUAUAUCCUCCAUUGCCAAUGCAGAAGGAAAGGGAAAACAUGUAGAGGCUAAUUAUGCUGAUGAUAUCAACCCAAUUUUGCCUAAAUUUGACGUGUCUGAUUUCUACAUGGAUGAUGCUGAAAUUGGUGAUGAAGUGGCCUUUGGUGGAACUACUACUGUUUAAAUAUUUUAAUUUACGCUGUUAUGGUGUGUUUACUUUUAAAAUAAAUGUUUAAAAUCUGUACUUUAAUUUUCAUGUGUACUUGUAUUAUUAUGUCUGUUCUAAAAAAUUAUAAUAAAAUGUAUGAUAUUUG